UGCAAUAUUUUCGUCAGAGAAUUUCUCAUAUAUAUAAUCAUAAAGUGUUGGAUAUAGAUUAGAACAUUUUCAAUUAUUUUAUUCACUUAGAUAUCUAAUAAUUUGUUCUUAACUUUUGCAGACUAUUUGGGCGUGCACUUUGCCAGCUUUUGCUUGAAAUAGUCGAGGGCAACAACCCGGAGGUGCUGGUGGAUAUGGUGAUCGCUCUGAUACUGGCAUUCAAUCAGCAGUUUAGCGAGCAUGCGGUGAAUGUGAUCAUCGAAGCCAUGCAGAAUCGGCCCACAGCCAAAGUGUUCACCGAGAAGCUCUUGUUGCAGCUCAAUCGAGAAGAUGAUCCAACGCGACUGCUGAAGCAUCACAAUGAGCACAUGAACACGGUGCUGCGCAUGUUUAUUGACAUCUUCAGUCAUCCGGAUACGGCUGGCAUGUUUUAUACAAACCAUAUCAAUGACCUCAUCGAUAUUGUGGUGCGUCAACUUUCCAAUCUGGAUGCGGGCAAUGUGUUAAUUCCGUCCGUGCUAUUUGAGCUGUGUCGUCGCAUUUUGCGCAACACCAACUAUCAGGACCAUCAGCAUCGCUAGCACGAUCUCAUGAAGAUCUUUAUGCGCAUCUUUUGCGAGGAGACCGAAUGCAGUGCAUCCGAUCAGCAGUUAGUGCGCGAAAUCGCCAACGAAUUUCCCCAAUUGUUUAAAGACAGAGCCAGAAUCUAGAAUUGCAAACAGAAAAAACACAACU